AAUUAAUUUGUUCCGGUAUGUAUUUUGGUGGAUUUGGUGGAGUGUGCACUGGCGUCUGUCAACUUUGUGACAUGUUAAAGUUCUAAGAACAUGGCUUUAGGACUGAAGUAUGUAUGUUUACUUCUGUUUUUGAUCUCCAUCUACGUUAUAGGGAUAUUUAUUUUCGCCAAAGGAUUUUUACUGAAGCGUGUAGUGAUAGAAAAGAACAGCACGUGUGCCGUUGACUUUGCUCAUCAAAGUGACCUACACGGGGGCGCGGGCUGCUGGAUGCACGGAAGGUACAAACGGGCAAUAAUUAUAGUCAUAGACGCCAUGAAGUUUGACUUCAUGCGCUACGAUAAUGAAUCUCAUCAGGAAAUUCCCUACAAAAACAAAAUGACUGUGAUAAACCAUUUACUGACAAUUAAACCUUUAAAUGCAAAGUUGUACAAAUUUAUGGCAGAUCCCCCCACUACCACCUUACAAAGGUUAAAAGGACUCACUACAGGAAGUCUUCCUACAUUUGUUGAUGCAGGUGCAAACUUUGCGAGCUCCGAAAUCACAGAGGAUAAUUUUAUUGAUCAGCUAAUUAAACAAGGCAAAGUGAUAAAAUUCAUGGGAGAUGACACAUGGAUGGGACUAUACCCUGCUCGAUUUAGAAAAGCAUUUCCCUUUCCAUCAUUCAAUGUAAAAGAUCUGCACACAGUUGAUAACGGAAUUCUGGACAAUCUAGUGCCACAGCUGCGGAUGCGUGAUUGGGACAUCACCAUUGCACACUUCCUAGGUGUAGAUCAUUGUGGGCACAGAUAUGGACCGGAUCACCCUGCCAUGGCUGAGAAACUCUCACAGAUGAAUGAUAUGAUAAAGAAUGUGACAAAGGAGAUGGAUUCUGACACUGUGCUCUUUGUUCUGGGGGACCACGGGAUGACGAGAACAGGAGACCAUGGUGGGGACAGCCAGGAUGAACUAGAGGCAGGGUUAUUCAUCUACAGUCCAGAUCAGUUGACCUCUGUGCCGAAUACUCCUGAUCAAUACAAGAGCGUCUCACAGAAAGAUUUUGUUCCUACCAUCUCUCUCCUGUUGGGAAUCCCAAUCCCUUUUUCCAACCUGGGGCAGGUUAUCACUGAUCUCUUUACGUAUUGCUCAUCCUGGAAAACAGGAAGUAGUCCUAUCAAACAGUCAUUUCACAGCGUGAAGGCCCUGCGUUUGAAUGCUCACCAGAUUAAUAUGUACCUCCAGGAAUACUUCCAACAUUCCUCUGACUUUCCAAUUCAAAUGUACUACCAGUUAAAGAGUGUACUGGACACAGCAGAGAUGGAGCUGAACAGCUUGCUCACUGUUCUAGUGAGGGACGGAGAUCACAACAUGGAGGAAAAGCUUAAAAAUGUCAAAGACAAAUAUAUAUAUUACAUUGAUGAAGUUCGCAGGACAGCAGAAGGUGUCUGGGCCAAGUUUGACAUCAUGUCAAUGUGUACUGGAGUGCUAACAUUGUGUCUGGCCCUUUGUGUUAAUGUUUACUUCAUAAAGAUCUCGUUCUGGUGGAAGAAGGACGUUCCUUCCACGGUUGUAAUUGUGUUUCUUGUUUCCCUUGUUUAUCUGGCAUUUGCCAUGUUUCAGUCAUUUUUCAUUGGGGAAAGUAAAAGUGCAAUAAUGGUGUUUGUAAUGGGGAAUUUUCUAGUAUUUGGAGUUGCACUUCUAAUAUUUAAUUUCAAAGACAAUAAUCCAGUCAUUCUGAACAAAAGGGAGAAUUUUUGCAUAGGAUUUGAAUCAACAGAGUUCUUGUUUGCAGUUGUUGUAGCUUUUUUCAUGUUUGUGACUUAUUUUUCCAAUAGUUAUGUGGUGUAUGAUGAUUCUGUAUGUCUCUAUCUACUCCAGUCAAUGUCAUGGAUUCUCUCUCUCUCAACAUUAAAGCAUAUCCUAUGUCAGUUUGAAACAUCUGCUGAAUCCAAAAUCAAAAAGCAGAAAACCCCAAAGAACUUUGACAUCAUGAGAGUUUUGACCCACCCUGCCCUUGUUCUGAUUUUCCUUACACUUGCCUGGAGCCUUUUUCUAAGAUUAUCUUCAACAUUCAGAGUUUGUCGAGAGGAACAACAUCAAUGUGAACUCUCCAUUUUCCUUCAGCCACUUGGAAAUCUAAAUGAUCAAGAGAGUUUGAAAAACAUGAGAUAUUUCUUCACUCUGAUAUGCUUAUUCCUUAUGGUAUGCUUGCUGCGUAAGGUAAUGAAGGAUUUUGGGAAUCUGAAUGGCUCUUCGCCCCCUGUGAUGGGGAUGUCAUACCUCUUGCCUGCCUCUGCUCUGUUCUGUGCCCUCCACUGGGCCCUACAGGGGCUCCCCCAGAAGUCUCUGGACAACCUCCCACUCUGGCAGCAAGUAUUUCUCCCACGUGCUGUGUAUGUUCUAGUUGCUGUAUUUCUUGUGCUUAUUUUGUAUGACCCUUUGUGUAUAUAUGUUGUUCUGAGAUCUAGAAAGCUGAUGGUGGAAAACGAUAAAGAACUUAUACCCAAUAUCUACCACCAGUUGAAAGAAAACUUGGGAGAGAAAGAAGAAAAACCUCCAUUAGUUUAUGGACUGGCAACAUCUUUCACAGCAGCCGUUGUUGCUAUGGUUACUGUUGCCAUGGUGCUUCUGGGUCUGUUGCUAGGGGAUGGAUUGAUGCCAAGUUUGUUGCUUGUCAUUUUAUCUGUAUUUUUCUGUCUUGAAGUCAUAGCAAUCAAAGAUACCUUGAAUCAACCUGUUUCUCUAUGGACCAGUGUGGUCUACAUCUCCGUGCUGGCCUCUGUUUUCUUCUAUGCCACAGGUCACCAGACAACUAUUUCAAGUAUUCGAUGGGAGUCUGCUUUUGUUGGUCUCCAUGGAGAUUUUAGUAGCAACAUCCUGCCUGCAAUACUCAUUCAUCUAAACACAUUUGCCUCUUAUGUGUUAGCAAUAAUUAUAUGUCCUUUAAUCAUGUUAUGGCCAAAAGCAGGCGGGUUUCUGACCAAAAGUGUGGCAGGGGUGAACAGGAAAGAAAACACAGAUUGGAUUGGAGAUUUCUGUUUCCAUGACGACAAGAAAACUUUCAGAAUGCUGAUGUUCAGAAUGUGUUUAUACUCCUUUGCUUUUCAGGGUAUCAAGGUUCUUGGGUCUGUCCUAGCAGCACUUUUACAUCGACGCCAUCUCAUGGUUUGGAAGAUCUUUGCACCACGGUUUGUGUUCGAAGCGAUGACCACAUUUACUGUCUUUAGCAUGUCUAUAUUAAUGUUCAUGUUUAUGCUCCGUAUUGACUUGGCACUAACGAAGUGGGUGAAAAAUUUCCAGAGGAAAUAAAAGAAGGUUGUGAAAUUUU